UUUUGAGACACAAGACAUGUUGCAAAACCAAAAAAUAAAUAAAAGGGGGACUAGAAAAACUGGUUGGACCCAUGAAUAACAUAUGAAAAACAAAAUCUAUAGGAUGGGAGAAGAGAAUAGGUUGAAGGGGAAAAACGCUAAGUGCAUUCGAGCAGCAGAAGAACUUGAUAAGUUAGCCAAAGUGGAUCGUGUUACAUGGCCUGUGGAAUCUAUUGAUGGUUGAGGGGGAGGUUCCAGAAUAAAGCAGAGAAACGAGAGUGUCCGCUCCAAAAGUUGCCCGCCAAGUGAUCCAUAAACGGAGCGAUUAAAUAAAUUAAAAUUCUUUAUUUUGUUGUUUAUUGUUGUGGCUGCUGUCUGUCUUUUUUUCAAUAUAUCGCCCACAGGUUCUAACAAUUAGCACAAGAAAUGGCUCACUGUGCGCUGAGGGAAUUUCAUUUCACGUUGCUAUAAAUCGUAUACAGUACACAGCUUAUUUACAUCAAAAUUUAGUUCAGUCUUCGUCAUUUGCUAAUCGAAACUCGUCUGGCGAAAACAGCUCUAAAAAGUGCCAAAACAGAGCACGCAAAUGUAGCUCGAAAAUCGACCAUGAAUAAAAAUGAAUGCAAACGGAUACGGAUUAAAUGGUUCCUAUUUAAGUGCCGGCCACUUAACACCGUCGAAUUAAAUCGAAUCGAAUCGAAUCCAGCGGAUCCGAGAUGCUCACCAGACAGCCCGACUACACCAUCUCCGAACUGGGCCAUCCCAUUCACCAGUGGCCGGACUCGACCCUGUGCGAAUCCCUCAAGAAACUGGACAACAGAAAGGUGCCAAGCUCCCCGCCUUCGCCUCAUCGCCUUCUGCCACUGAGGGAAACCCUGGACGAUUAUUUAAAGCGAUUGACGCUGAGAAGCAGAGAAGAUUUCGAAGAGGAUCCCAUUUACCAGCAGAAACAGCGAAAGAAUCAGUGGAACGAACAGCAGCGCAAGCGCAAUCAAAAAAGUCGAGAUAAAGACGAGUCCAGAGCAACAGCGACGACGACAACGAUAGCAACAACCAGCGAUCUAAACAAUUUUUGAGAUUGGAACGAGGGGGAAUAAUACGAACACGUAUGGGGGUAGCAACCUAAGCGGACUGAUUACAUGUGCUAAAAUAAAAUCACCUUUUGCCUAGAACAUUAAGUACAUUAAAUGUGAAGUAAAGAAAAAACCUAUAACACUUAA